AUGCAUUCGGAAAGUGGGGAUGUUGGGACACCAAAAGGGGCAUUGGAAGAAGCUAAGGCGUUGAAUUCAAAGAUGAAGCGUAGUGGGAACCUAAGCAGCAAAGAUAUGCUGUUUAGAGCUGAUAAGAUUGAUCUCAAGAGUUUGGAUGAUGAGCUAGAAAAACACCUUACAAGGGUUCUGUCUAGACAUAUUGAGGCCAAAAGGCCUAAAGAAGAGUGGGAGAUUGAUUUGGCAAAACUAAAUUUGCAACAUGUUGUGGCGAAUGGGGCCUAUGGCACUGUCUAUAAGGGCACCUAUGAUGGUCAAGAUGUUGCAGUGAAAGUGUUGGAUUGGGGUGAGGAUGGUGGUGCUUCUGCUGCUUCCUUAAGAGCAUCAUUCCAGCAGGAGGUUACUGUUUGGCAAAAACUUGAUCAUCCAAAUGUUACAAAAUUUGUUGGAGCUUCAAUGGGGACAUCAAACCUCAGAAUUCCAAGAGAAGCCGGAGGCCAAGAUUCUCUCCCUACUCAAGCAUGUUGCGUGGUUGUUGAGUUCAUCCCCGGUGGAACUCUGAAAAAUUACUUGUUUAAGAACAGACGGAGGAAACUUCCUUACAAGACUGUGAUUCAGCUGGCUUUGGAUCUCGCUCGAGGUCUUAGUUAUCUACAUUCGAAAAAGAUCGUGCAUCGUGAUGUUAAAACAGAUAAUAUGUUGCUCGAUAUGAAUCGAAAUUUGAAAAUAGCUGAUUUUGGAGUUGCUCGUGUGGAAGCUUUGAAUCCAAGUGAGAUGACAGGUGAAACAGGAACCAUUGGAUAUAUGGCACCAGAGGUUUUAGUAGGCAAGCCUUACAAUAGAAGAUGUGAUGUGUAUAGCUUUGGCAUUUGCUUGUGGGAAAUAUACUGUUGUGAUAUGCCAUAUUCGACACGAAGCUUUGUUGAUGUCUCGUCGGCAGUUACUCAUCAGAAUUUGCGACCGGAUAUUCCUCGAUGCUGCCCGAGUGCAUUGGUGAGCAUCAUGCGAAAAUGCUGGGAUGGGAACCCGAACAAGCGGCCGGAGAUGGAUCAGGUGGUGCGAAUGUUGGAAGCAAUUGAUACCAGCAAAGGAGGAGGGAUGUUGCCUGAUGAUCAGGCUCCAUUUUGUUUCUGUUUUGGAACAGUUCGUGGUCCUUAG